AUGUGCAAACGUGCUCCGUGGCUGCAGAGGCUCCGAACCCUCGAUCAGGUUGAGCGAUUCGUCGAAAUGCUGAGCAAAAAUGGGUUCAAGGAAGACCAGAUCGCCAAACUAAUGAUAAGCGUGCCCACACAUCUGACUACCAGGGUGAGCAGACUACUGGAACCCAAGUUUCAGUUUUUCAAAGAGUGGGGCAUUCAGGGGGAGGACUUGGCCAAUAUUUUGACCAGCAGACCCCGUAUAUUGACCAGCACACUGGAGCAAGAUCUUCUUCCCAGAAUGGUGAUUCUGCAAAACUUGUUUCAGUCGCAGGAUUUGUUCGUCAAAGUCGUGCGGAAAAGCCCUAUAGUUCUGACUUACGAUGCGAAAAAAACCCUGAAACCCUCUCUUGCUUUUUGGGAGGGAUUUGGUUUUAGCGACUGGGAGCUUGCGAAGUUAAUAAGCUCGCGGCCGAGCCUUCUGCAGUACUCUUCUUUGGCGCCGGAUAAGGUUGAUUUUUUUCACAAGAUUGAUAUCGACAAAGGAAGCAAAAUGUACCAGUAUGUUUUGGUCUCUGUGGUUACUUACCCCAUGAAAACACUAGAAGCUAAAAUGCAAAAUCUUCAACUGUGCGGACUCUCGGAGGAGAAAGCGUUUGAGUUGCUAAGAGUUUGUCCUAAAACCCUUGGUUUUAGGGUGGAGAAGGUUAGUGAAGUGAUGGAUUUCAUAGUCAAUACGAUGGAGCUUCCUGCCAAUUCUGUGGUGAAGUACCCAAAAUUUUUAACAAUGAAUUUGAAUAGGGUUAUUAGACCUCGGUUUCUAGUUUGGCGAUCGUUGACGUCCAUGUAUGGGCGAAAGUAUCGUAAGGGCUUGUCGCUUCAUGUUAUUUUGUUCAUGCCGGAGAAGAAGUUUCUUAGCGAUGUUUUAAACAGGCGUCCGGCAUUGUAUCCAAUUUAUGAAAUGGCUUUGGCUAACGUUUCAGAGUUCUCGAGUAAAGUCUAA